AUGAUCUGCCCAAGUCACAUCUCAGGCAAGCCAGACCAAGGAUUCAAUGAUUCAUCGCUUGGUGCGCAGUUACUGCGCAGCGAUAUUAUCAUGCCACAGGUUCUGGACAUGUUUUCACAGCGACUCUUUGUCUUUGAGGGCGACGUGGAUCAAUAUUGCGGAUUUCUAGAGCGAAUGCUACUUAUGAGACUUGGACCUCCAUUGCAAUUUCUCUCCGAUCUUACCGCAACUCCAGGCAAGCAGAUCCGCCUAGCUCAAGAUGGUUCAAUUUCUGCGAUCGAAACAAAUCGCCCUCCCCAAGCUUCCUACCAUCGAACCGAACGUAGCCUUAUUACCACAAACGAGCCCGAUGCGGGAGACAAAGUUCCUCUGGAAUUCAUUUUUUACGAUCCAACUAUCUCUCCCGGCCCGCCAAAACCCGCGCGGGAUGACGGUAGGUGGAGAGCCCAGCUGAAUCGCUUUCUCUCCGAUAUUCCGAACGCAGAUUCUUGGAGCACGUCUGGAGCCAUUACUUUCGAGGAGGUAAACCGGCUACUGCUUCACAAUGAGGUUUUGUUCGAUGAUGAAGGGGGCGAACAAGAUGGGAAAGCUCGGGUUGUUGCUGCUCCUACUUUUAACCACUCGUGCGAAAAAGAGAUAUAUGACUAUGCUGCGUAUACCUCCCGAGCGAUAAGGAAGAACGCCACCAUCAGACACGUACUAUUAUUCCGUGCUCUCAUCGUAUCCUUGACGUGUGUUGUGCUGUUGGAGGCUGGGAUCGAACCCAACAGUGUCAACUCGAUACAAAGGGCUUGUAUUUGCGACGAUGGCGCAGAGUUAACCGAUAUAACUCUCGUGGAGUAUCGAAGAGGAGGAAGCUGGGCUUUCAAAUGUAUGCUGGAACUUAUGGCGCAAGGUUGGGGAGACAGGGCCGCUGAACUUUUCUACAGGUAUGGUCAAACCCCCGCACAAUACAAAACUAUCUGUGCAAACAAUAAGAGCGUGGAAGCUUUUAUCAUGGGAGUCAAAGCGAAAGGAAAACCUGUACCAUUGGGUGACGAUCAGAUGUGCAUUUCCAUUCCUUGUUUGGUUAAGCGCCAGGUUGGGAAACUUGUCUCGCUUGAGGAUAUCUGUAAGCGGUUUUCCCACAAUUACAACGACACCCUCCGGACAUACGAGCGGUUUUACGCUCCGAGGUCGGACAAGGAGACGGCAUAUCGCAACCCUCACCGGGCCAAUGGUCCAGGCGACUAUGUGCCCAGCCCCGAGGGGGUCAACUCGACAGGAGAUGGAGGCGGGCCAUCCUACGAAAUACCAUCUGCCGGGUAUGCGUCAAGUGGCGCGAACACACCUGCAGAGGAUCCUCCUCUCCCUUCACAGGGGGAGACGACGGCUCGCUCCAGCAUCAACGACAGCCCUGGAAGCACCGCAGAGGCUCAGUGCUCGCCCUCGUCGUCAUCAGGCGGGUACGAAUCCGAUCCUAGUGGCUAUGGACCUCACCCUGAAGUCGGCUCAAGAGGUCGCAGCGAGGCAGCCUUCCCCACCCCAUCCCCCGAAAUGAACCCGAACACCUAUAAUCCCCGGGGGCUGGAGGCGCUUGCGGAAGCUGCCGAGACUCGCGCGAAGGAGACGAACAAGCAGAAACGACCCUACCCGGCGGGCAAUAGUAGCCAGCGCCGAGUAUCGCAGCGAAGGAGAUCAAGCGAGGAGACAGAAGGCGACGAGUUUUCCGCCAGCGGCACUCCCACAUACCCCCCUAUGGAGGAAAGUUCGGCAACAGAAACCGGCCGGCACGAAUGCCCAGAUCCGUUAGGACAUAGAGUGGAUGGGCAGAUGGAGCGAGACGAUACGCUAGCUGCGUCGGGUGUAAAUGCAACUGUGACCUGUGCCGGAAGGGAAACGAAUCGGGCAUUGGAUCCUUCUAUUGUCAAUCCACAAGAAUUGAAUGCCAGUGAAAGUGAGGCAAAUUCAGCAAGAGCACGUGAGGUGGCUCUAUUCGCUGAACAAAAUACAAUACAAAACGACCCAGAGAACUCAGAUACUGGUAUCUUGAUGCCAAAUCUCAUGAAGGAUACAGACAUUUCAUUGAAGCCUUUAACUCUCAGUGGUAAAUUUGAAACCGACGUUUCAACUGCACCAUCGAUUUUUAUCCAGGGUAUACUUGGCCCUUCAGAUAUUUUCGAUUAG